AUGGCUACUACCACCAAGGUUCUAUCUGAAUCAGUUCCCAGUGAAGAUAAUUAUCAGAUCGAACAAUUACAGCCUGUGUCUGAUAGAGGCUAUGGCAUUGGUAAGCAAGGGAUCCACAACUUGACAUUCGGGGGAGCAGAGUUCAAGAACAAAAGGCCCAAAUUUGCUAGCAAACUUGAGGAGCGUAAGCACAUUUUGCAACAUAUGGCAGGUACAUUCCGUGUUUUUGGUAGAAAGGGCUAUGGAGAGGGCCAGGCCGGCCACAUUUCUGUGAGAGACCCAGUUGAUCCGCAUACUUUUUGGAUCAAUCCUUUGGGGCUUCAUUUCAGCCAGAUCUGUGCGUCUGACAUGGUUCACAUCGACUCUGAAGGCAAAAUUCUCAGUGACGGUAAUCAAGCAGCCAUUAAUGCUGCUGGAUUCAAAAUCCACGCAGAACUUCACAAAGCUCGUCCCGACGUUCACGCUGCCUGUCAUACCCACUCCACGUAUGGUAAAGCAUGGUCUGCUUUUGGGAAAGAGCUAGACAUGAUCAAUCAAGAUGCGUGCAUAUUCUACAAGCAACACGCUAUUUACAAUGAUUUUGGUGGAGUUGUCUUUGAGUCUGAAGAAGGGAAACGGUUAGCCGCGGCAUUAGGAUUUAAAAAGGCUAUCAUAUUACAAAACCACGGCUUGUUAACAGUCGGCGAAACAGUGGACGAGGCAGGGUACCUAUUUACGCUGCUUGAGAAAACUUGUGAAGUUCAGCUUCAGGUGGAGAUGGCUUCUCGUGCGGGUCUAGAGAGGAAACUGAUAAGCGACGACGCUGCAUAUUACACCUAUUUCAACACUUCAGAUCCCGAAGGAUUAUACAGCAGUUUUCAAGUAGAUUACAACUUGGAAGUUAAGUUGACCGAUGGUGAAUUUUUAAGAUAG